AUGAGCAGCGAUACCGCCGCGGCCUCGGAGGAGGAGGGAGACAUGCUGCGAUCCACCGGGUGUCGGCUCGUGUACGGCUUCCUGUACGACAGUCACUGCCAUCUACGCAGGGUGUCGCCGGUCGUUUCAGGGGUGUCUGUGUCAACCCCCAUUGCCAGUGUCGAUUGUGCCGGCAGAAAAUGCGACGACGCGCGGUGCAGCGUGACGGGUUUGGUGCUUUGCGGCACUCACCCGUCGAUCGACUGGGACGAUGUUGCGCAGGCGUCCGCGAUGCGUGCGGCAACCUUGAUAGGGUUUGGCGUACACCCCUGGUUCGUGCCAAACAGAGUUGGCGACGAGAAUCCGGCAUCUUCGCUUUCCCCAGAAUACUCGUCAGGUGAGGCCUGCUGCUGCCUCAGCCGCAACAGCGCUGAAGCAAACGCAAGUCUUGCCGCGUGUAGCGCAGCCGCCCAGUCGCUCUCCGGCAUUCUCCGUCUCCUGGAGGAGCGUCUGCAGCAGCACCCCUUAGCGAUUGUUGCAGAGAUCGGCCUGGACAAGCUGCGUGGGCCACCCGAGUCUGUGCAAGUGGAGGCCUUUGCCGCCCAGCUGCGUCUCGCGGCGGCCUACCGUCGCCCGGUGUCCGUUCACUGCGUUCGCCAUUACGGGCUUUUGCUGCGGGUGCUGCAAGACUUGCCGGCAGAGCACACUCCACCCGCCAUCAUCCUUCACGCUUUCACCGGGUCACUGGAGGUGGCGAAGUCGUUGCUGUCGCUCAAACGCAAAAAGCGAAGGCCAGCGUUAGAUGGCUCAGCCACGCCUGCACAAGAUGCGGCGGCGACAGCGGGCAGCGGCUUACCAGUGCAACGGACAACAAAGCGGGGUGGCACCACAUCCGAUACGGUGCGAAUAAAAGACCGCAUCUUCUUCGGAGUUGGCGUGUCAACCAGCUUCACUGUGAAGAACUUUUCAACGCAGACGCUGCCGUUUCUGCUCGAUGCGCAGCGUGUGCUACUCGAGACAGACGAGCAUUACAGUGGCAUUGAGGCGUUGGACACCGCCUCUUCGGGUGAGUUCCCUGCAGAGGCGGAGGCACGGUCGAGUGUUCGCGGCGGGGGUCGCGCUUGCGUGUCUGUCGACCCUCAGGAGCAUGUGACAAAACUGGCGGGCGUGAUGGAGCGCAUUCACGCAAGCAUGCUGCAGAACCACGAGUUUGUCCAGAAGGCAGAGGCCUCGAGCAUGCCGGUAGAGUCGGUUCUUCAAGACACGUUGAUGCACGCCUACGCGGCGGCAUUCUGCUCGGUGUCGGAGAAGACGGGCGCGUCGUGA